AUGGCCGAGGGUUUGGGAUUGGGAUUUGGGAUCGGGAUCGGGGACCGAGCCCUGCCCCUCGUGUCGCCCCUGCCCGGCCUGUCCCAGCCCGGCCCCGCUCUCUGUCCCUUGGCUCGGGGCCCGCAGCCCUGCCCGGGCAUCGCCCCUGUGCCCCAGCCCCGGGACAGCCUGGCACGGGGCCGCCGCCGGGACGGGAGGGAGGCACAAGGUCGAUCCAGCGGCCCCGGCCCCGAGCAGCGCUCCCCGGCCCCGGCCGAAGCCCCCGCGCUGCUCGCUGCCACCAUGCCCCGCGGGAAGAGGGAGCCGGUGCUGCUGAACCCCGCCGAGCUGCCCGGCCCGCAGGCCGAGGGUCCCCGCGGGGCUGGGGACGGCCGGCGCUCCGCCGAGGAGGAAGAGGAGGAGGAGGACGGACGCCUCCCGGGGCUGCCCCGCGACGACCUCACCAAGAGCAUGUCGAGCUCCUCCUUGUCCUCCUACCACUCCGCCCUGUGCUCGGACGGCACGGAGACCUUCAAGGACUGCCCGGAGUUCCCGGACGAGGAGGGAUCGCCCGGCCGGGCUGCCCCGGCCCGCUGGGCUCCGGCGGGGGCCCCCGGCGCUCCCCCGCCGCCCGGCCCCCUCGCCCGCCCGCAGCGGGCUCAGCUGUCCAGCGCGGCUAAGAAUAGCCCAGCGCCGGGCCAGGGGGGCAGGAUGGGUCCCCUCGGCGGGGACCGGCAGCCCGUGCCGGCCGCGGCCGCCGCCGGGGAGCCGGCCGUGCCCCGGCAGCCCGGGCCGAUGCUCGCCGGGGCUCCCAGCGACUCGGACGAGGUGGACGGCGAGGUGCAGGCGCUGACGGCCAGGGCUUUCCGCAGCCUCUCGGGGCUCCCCGGAGCUCGCCUCGACAUGUGCAGCUCCCACACCUCCUCCAGCCUCUCCAACUCGCUGUCCGAGGACGGCGGGCGGCCGCGGCGGUGGCCAGCGGGCGCCGGGGAGCCCCGGGUUGCGGGGACAGCUCUGCACGGCAGGGUGGGAUGGCCUUUCCCCGCCGGCGUGGACGGGGAGCUGCUGGGCAAGGAGCAGUUCGAGUGCGUGGACGUGGAGCUGGAGAACGGCGAGGCCAGGAAGGGCCACGGCAAGAAGAGGACGGUGCCCAAGCGCCAGAUCCUGCUGAAGAGGAAGGAGAGGAAGGAGACGGGCUUUGGCCCGCGGGGGGACGGCCCAGCGCCCCAGCCCCCGGCCAGGAAGGAGCCCCCCAGCAAGGGCAGAGCUGUCGGCGAGGACUUCAGGUUCAACUACCAGCAGUUCAUGAAGGCGGCGUCCCUGGAGGCCGGCACCGACAGGACCAGGGCGGCCUCGUGCCUGGUGAAAAACGUCCUGGCCAAGAAGAUGCAGUACGAGCAGCGCAUCAAGAUGGAGCAGAAGGGGCUGCGGGGCAGCUCGACCUCCUCGGGGCCGUCCUCGGCCGGCACCGACCUGCUGGGGGAUGCUCUGGAGGGCAAGUCCAGCUCGCUGUCCCGCUCGGACUGCAGCUUCUCGGCCGAGGACCUGCGGGGCGGCGGGAUGCCCAGGGCGGCCGCGGGGAGCGCCGCCACCACCACCCAUCCCACCAAGGGCGUGGUGCUCAGCGAGGCGACGAGGGAGACGGUCUGCAACCUGAGGAAGACGUUCAACGAGCUCAACCAGAGGAUGAAGUACCAGGAGGUGCUGGAGGGCCGCUGGCUGCCCGCGGCCGCGGAGGAGCACACGUCGGAGAGGAUCUGCUACCAGCGAGCCCGCGCCCUGUUCGAGGCCCAGCCCGGGGUGGGGAAGGUGCUGGAUGUCGCCCCACGGUUUGCGAGGGCGCCGAGGCCGUGGCCCAGCUUGAAGGAGCGAGCCAUCGGCCCCAUCCAUUCCCAAAGCCUCCCCUUCAAGGCCGAGAGCCGGGCGCUCCCCUCCGCCCCGCCGCGCCGCCCCUUCGCUUCCUCUCGGGCUCAUGAGGCGAGGCCGCAGCCGCCGAGCCAGCCGGAGAAGCCGCCGGCAGCGCCCCGCCGGCCGCCCAGCCCCGGCACCGCCCCGGCAGCCCGGGGGUCCCCGCCCGCCGCGCCCCCCAAGCCGCAGGAGAAGGGCAAGGGGCGCGUUCCGCAGCCCCGCGACGUGCGCAAGCUGGUGAAGAGCAGCUACAGCCUCAAGUUCGGGACUGCCGGCGCCUCCCGCGGCACCGCGGCAGCGGCGAGCAGCGGGGAGCCGCCGCCAGCCGCCCCUCUGGUCAUCCACUGCACCUCGGUGCGCCGGGAGCCGCCGCCGGAGCCGGCGGGGGAGGAGGUGCCGGCGGCCCCCGGCCGAGAGCCGGCCCCGGCCAGUGCCGAGGGUCCCGCCAGGCCCCCGCACAGCUCCCCCAUCAACAUCACCAGGGUCCAGGCCACGCGGAGGGGAGCGGCCCCCCCGGAGGAGCCGCCGGCGUCGCCCCCGCGCCGGGAGCGCAGCGAGCUCCGGCUGCCCCCGCGGGCGGAGCGGGUCCCGCACGUGGAGACCCAUCUGCACGUCCUGGUGGGGCGGCCGGGCCCGGGGAGCUCCCUGGCCCAGAGCAGCGCCCUGCUGCGGGCAGAGAAGACCGUUCUGCUGCCGCCGCCGCCGCCGAGCCCCGCCGAGGGGAGGGAGCUGCGCGGCCGUGGCAGCAGCGGAGCGCUCCCCGCUGCCGAGGGCCCGGAGCCGCCGGGGCAGCGGCCCCGCAGCGGGGACAGCCGGGACCCCCGGGCCGGAGCCCCGGGCGGCAGCAGCGCCGGGGAAGAGCCCGGGGCCGGCGAGCAGCGGCAGCAGCAGCCCGGCGGCGGCCGGCGGCUCUCGGCGGGCAGCGGGGGCUCUGCCGGUGGCUCCGGCCCCGCCGCCCCGCUCCGAGCCGGGGACAGCGGGGAAGGCUCCCCUGGGCGGCUGCCGGAGCACAGGGAGGCCUGGGAGCGCUCGCCGCUGUGGCCGGCGGCCCCAGAGCCCUACCCGCCUGCUGCCCCGGCAGAGAACUCCAACUACUUGGCAAUCCCCGAGAGAGCCCCCAAAUCCACGCUGGUGCCAAAGCUGCCCUCGGUCCCCAACCCGGGCAGUGCUUCCUUUGGGACUCCCUUUGUCCCCGUCCCGGCCAGCGCCUCUUUUGGGGCUCCCUCAUGUUUUGGUGCCCCUCUGGUCCCCAAUCCAUCCAGUGCAUCCUUUGGGAAUCCCUUGGUCCCAAAUCCAUCCAGUGCAUCCUUUGGGAACCCCUUGGUCCCAAAUCUAUCCAGUGCCUCAUUUGGGAACCCCUUGAUCCCAAAUCCAUCCAGUGCAUCCUUUGGGUCCCAGCUGGUGUCAAAUGCAUCCAAUGUAUCAUUGGGGUCCCCACUGGUCCCAAAUCCAUCCAGUGCAUCCUUUGGGAACCCUUUGAUCCCAAAUCCAUCCAGUGCAUCCUUUGGGAACCCCUUGGUCUCCAAUCCAUCCAGUGCAUCGUUUGGGUCUCCACUGGUCCCUAAUCCAUCCAGUGCAUCCUUUGGGAACCCCUUGGUCCCCAAUCCAUCCAGUGCAUCCUUUGGGAACCCCUUGAUCCCAAAUCCAUCCAGUGCAUCCUUUGGGUCCCAGCUGGUGCCCAAUCCAUCCAGUGCAUCCUUUGGGUCCCCACUGGUGCCCAAUCCAUCCAGUGCAUCCUUUGGGAACCCCUUGGUCUCCAAUCCAUCCAGUGCACCCUUUGGGUCUCCACUGGUCCCCAAUCCAUCCAGUGCAUCCUUUGGGUCCCCACUGGUGCCCAAUCCAUCCAGUGCAUCCUUUGGGAACCCCUUGAUCCCCAACCCAGGCAGCUCAUCCUUUGGGUCCCCCUUGGUCAGCAACCCAGUCCCCACUUCCCUUGGGCAUCCCUCAGUCUCCAACGUGGCCGGCUCUUUCUUUGGAUCCCCUUUUGUCCCCAGCCCAGCCAGCGCUCCGCUGGGAUCCGGUGCCUAUUCCCUUCCUGCUGGGGAAGUGCCCUGGAGCAAGCCCAGCCCUGAGCCCCCCCUGCCCCGACCCCCCGAGGGCUCCGCUGCUGUGGACCCCCCGGCCCUGCCCCACCUGGAGGAUGCUCCUCCUUUCCUCAGGAGGAGCGAGGGUCCCUCGCCGAGCGGGAGGAGCCGGCAGAGCCCCCCAAAGCCCUUCCCCGCCGCCGUGCCCGCCCAGCGGAGGAUGCUCGUGGAUCCCAGCAGCGGCAAGUGCUACUACAUGGAGCCGCCGCGGCAGCCGCAGAUGAAAACGCUCUACGACCCCGAGACCGGGCAGUACCUGGAGGUGCUGGUCCCGCCGGUGGCAUCACACACCGGGCUCUACCAGGCACCUUUCAACCCGCUGGUCAUGGCCCCGGGGGUCUACAGCCCACCCUACGCACCCUACGGCGGCUUCCCGGGGCUCCCGGCGCCGCCGCCCGCCGCCCCCUCUCCGCCGCACCCCUCGCUGCCGCCGGCCGACAACCCCGGCACCCCCGGCUCCGCUGCCAAGGGCGAGGGCUCGUCCCCUGCCGGGGGUCCCGACUGCGGCUACCUGGAGAGCCUCUACUACAUCCCCACGGGCAUGCGGGCCAGCCCCGGCCCCGAGCAGCCCCCGGCCCGCGCCAGCCCUGCCGCGCCCGAGGGCUCCCUGCUCCGCAUGUGA